UGGUGAGGAAGGGGGGGGAAAGUAGUUUAAAAGUUGGUAAAAGCAUGUCAAAAGCUUAACGGUAGGAAAAGCAGGAAGAACAAAGAAGUCAGCCUCAAGGAAAGUAAUGACAUGUCACUACAGGGAAAGGUUUGUAAGGCAGCAGGCAAAACAAAGGAUUGUUUCAAGAAGAAAUCCAGAGGAAGUCCAGGAGAUAGUCGUUUGGAAAAGAUACAGUGACUUUAAGAAACUGCACAAAGAUCUCUGGCAAAUUCAUAAAAACGUAUACAAGCAUACAGAAUUGUUUCCACCUUUUGCCAAAGCUAUAGUAUUUGGGCGGUUUGAUGAAUCUGUGAUUAAAGAAAGAAGACAAUGUGCUGAAGAUCUGCUGCAGUUUUCUGCCAACAUCCCUGCUCUAUAUAAGAGCAAACAGUUUGAAGACUUUUUUAAGGGUGGUGAGGUGCAUGAUGGGUCUGAAUUGAUUGGUCCUGUAGAGCCUUUAUCUGAUUCCCUGAUUGACAGCUUAUCUGACUGCAGUUCUGAAGUUCAAAAGGAUUUAAGUGGACUUGAUGAUGUGAUGCUUACCAGCCAAUCAGAAUGUGGAGGUUUCUCCAGUGAUAGUGACCUCAUCUCUUUGACAGUCGAUGUAGACUCUCUUGCCGAAUUAGAUGAUGGAAUGGCAUCCAACCAAAAUUCUCCCAGUAGAGCUUUUGGUCUCAGCCUUGCUUCAGAAUCCUUAGGACAAGGUGCUAUUGCUUAUGAUUGUGAGUGGAGCAAACCUGAAGGCGAGAGGGAGAGUGAAAGCCGUAGUCUGUUUACUGGGAGCUUAAGACACAAGCUUGGCAAACAUGAUUACUUGGAGAAAGCAGGUGAGCUGAUAAAGCUGGCCUUGAAGAAGGAGGAAGAAGAAGAUUAUGAAGCUGCCUUUAGCUUUUAUCGAAGAGGGGUCGAUCUGCUCCUGGAAGGUGUUCAAGGUGAGUCAAGUCCAACUCGUCGAGAAGCAGUGAAGAGGAAGACCGCAGAAUAUCUAAUGCGUGCUGAAAAAAUUUCCAGCCUAUACCAGAAGCCCUUCUCUGAAGAUGGAUCAGUUUCUGGGCCUCCAGGAUCACUAAGUUCAAGGCCCUCUUGGAACCUAAGGAGCCCUGCCGAGGAACUGAAGGCCUUCAGAGUCCUUGGGGUGAUUGACAAGGUUUUACUUGUAAUGGAUACUAGAACACAGCAGACUUUUAUAUUGAAAGGUCUAAGGAAAAGUAGUGAGUACAGCAGGAACAGAAAGACCAUCAUUCCCCGCUGUGUGCCCAACAUGGUGUGUCUGCACAAGUACAUCAUCUCUGAGGAGUCUGUAUUUCUUGUGCUGCAGCAUGCAGAAGGAGGCAAACUGUGGUCUUACAUCAGUAAAUUCUUAAACAGAAGCCCCGAAGAAAGCUUUGAAAUCCAUGAACUCAAAAGUUCUACUAAAAUUCACCUGCAGCUGCCAACCCCUAGCCCUACAGAAAUCAGCAGUAGUGUUGACUCCAGAGGAAGCAAUGAGGGGAACGUGCUGAGAGUUAUACCAAUGAAGAGCAGCCUUACACCAAGUUCUCAAGAUGAGAGUAGUAACCAGGAAGAUGGUCAAGAAGGUUCUCCCAAAUGGACAGAUUCUGGGUCAAGUUCAGAAGAAGAAUGCACUACUAGUUAUUUAACAUUAUGCAAUGAAUAUGGGCAAGAAAAAAUUGAUCCUGGCUCUUUAAAUGAGGAACCUGUGUUGAAACCAGAGGGAGAAGAUCUUAAAACCAAAGAGUUAGGAUGCUUACAGACACAUACUUUAGUUGGCAAUGAUAGCUGCAGCUCUCAGAUCACCUCUCGGGAGCUAAAGUUUUUCACUGAAGAUGCUGACCUGGAAUUACUUAGUCCUACUAGGAUAUCAGACUCAUUAAGUAAAUCCAAGCACAGCCCUAUGGAAUUCUUCAGAAUAGACAGUAAAGACAGCACCAGUGAACUUCUGGGGCUUGAUUUUGGAGAUAAAUUGUAUAGCUUAAAAUCAGAAUCUUUAAAGCCAUUUUUUUCUGCACCAGAUCAUGACAGGAGUCUUGAAACCAUGGAAAGCAAGGUGGGCUUUAGAGCCCAGGACACAAUAAGCCGGGGUUCCAAUGACUCUGUGCCAGUAAUUUCUUUUAAGGAUGCUGCUUUUGAUGAUGUAAGUAGUGCUGAUGAAGGAAGGCCUGAUCUUCUGAUAAAUUUACCUGGUGUAUCUGAGAAACUGGAAGAAGCACCAGUGGUUAGGCCAAAAAAGCUUACAAAGACUGAUGUAAACAUCUUGGAAAGCAAACUGUUAGAAACCCCUGAUGUCUUACAAUUAAAUAAUAGUACAGAGCAAUGCAAAGCACUUGAUCAAAAGUUGAAUCAUGUGGUGCCAGAAUUGGGCCAUCCUUCUAGCAAGGAAUCGGAAGGACAAUAUGAUGUCACUCAGGAAAUUGUCAGGACACUAUUUACGUCUGACAUUGACCUGGCUAGUUCAGAAGACGUGGCUCAGUUUCAAGGACUCGGAGCAAUUUCUUCCUCAUCAUUAAAUGCAACAAGCACAGAAGAAAAUUUCUUAUUUAUUUCUAACUCACUCUCAGGUGCUAAAGAGUAUAGCUUAGAUGAAGGCAUUGUAAGAAAUCAAGCAAUGUUGCUAUUUUCUGAUCAAACUGAAGACUUUGGUAAAGAGAAAACAAACCCUGCUCUCUUACCAAAAGCUGAAAGCAAAGAGACAGUAGUGGAGGGCAAGAGUGAAGUAGCACUAGAAGGAGAGAAGGAAAUACAUCAAAUUUUUCAGGCCCUCGACAAAAGACUAGCACUAACCUCCAGAUUUUACAUCCCAGAGGGUUGCAUUCAAAGAUGGGCAGCUGAAAUGGUUGUAGCCCUUGAUGCUUUACAUAGAGAAGGAAUUGUGUGCCGCGAUUUGAACCCAAACAACAUCUUAUUGAAUGAUAGAGGACACAUUCAGCUAACGUAUUUUAGCAGGUGGAGUGAGGUUGAAGAUUCCUGUGACAACGAUGCCAUGGAGAGAAUGUACUGUGCCCCAGAGGUUGGAGCUAUUCUAGAAGAGACAGAAGCUUGUGAUUGGUGGAGUCUAGGGGCCAUUCUCUUCGAACUCCUCACUGGAAAGACUCUAGCCGAGUGUCAUCCAGCUGGAAUAAACACUCACACUUCUUUGAACAUGCCAGAUCACGUAUCCAAAGAGGCCAGAUCACUCAUUCAGCAGCUUUUGCAGUUUAACCCUGUGGAGCGUCUUGGUGCUGGAGUUGCAGGUGUUGAAGACAUCAAAUCUCAUCCGUUUUUUGCCCCUGUAGAUUGGGCAGAUCUUUUGAGAUGAAAGGAACUAUGGCUCUAUGAAUAUGCUCAGGUCUUCUUAUGGACGAAUUUCUCUGGCACAGAAGCACUCCUGACUUGUCAUCAUAUAAGGCAUAUUGAAUCACUUGGACAAUAUGAAUAACGGAGAUGGGAGUAAUCAUGCAAAAAGCAAAUAUUUUUAACACAAAUCACUGACUGGACAGGGUGCUAGUUUAUUUUUAUUGCAAGUGGCUGCUAUAUGUAAACCUUCUCACCAAAGGUGUGCUCUGUGUUGAAACUGUUGGGUAAGCAUGUCUAGCACUGCCAGCUUAUGAAUUAAGUAGAAACAGGACCACACUCCAGGUGCUUCAUCAGAUGACAGAAGUGCAUAACUCUCUAGUCCAUGACAGCAGAAAGUAGGGCCUUUUAUAGUGUCAACAGACUAUUUCCCUGUGCUAAAUGCAACUGUGGGGGAAAGGAUCAAAUAAUUUAUUAAUGGUAUAUGCAGAACAAAAUACUAAAAGUGCUUUAUGCAAAACUUGGCCUAUAAAACAAAAAUAUGUAUCCGUGGGAAAAAAAUAAGAAAGCUGUUGCAUCAUACUGUGAAAUGUGUCUUGAAAGUGGCUGCAUAUCAUUUCAAAUAGUGGAAAGAGCAUAUGAAAAAACCAGUGCUGUCUGCGUUGUGCUUUCUCGGUUAGCAAUGUCUGUGCAGAACUCUCUCUCCAUAACGUUGGAUGAGUUUCGUGUUUAAGUCACUGCAAAAAAGGAAGUCAUUUUUCCUCAGACAGGUAAAUAUUGCUUUACUAACUUAAUAAGGACCAGGAAAACAUGAUGCUAAAUAAAUGUAUGGAUAUAAAAA